AUGGAUGAUUUUCAAUCAAAAAUGAUUUCCAAUUAUACUGAUUUAACAAAUGGAUCUCAUUCAGCUGAUGUUUUUACAGAUCCUUUAUCUAUUUUACUUGAAGCACGAUUUGAACCAUGUCAAGUCUGUGGUGAGCAAUCAUCUGGUCUUCAUUGUGCUGCGAUUACAUGUGAGGCUUGCAAAAAAUUUUUUCUUCGAUCUAUAAAUGGUGAAGAUUUAAAAUAUAAAUGUGUAAGAAAUAAAGAAUGUAUGAUAACAAGAAAUACUCGAACACAAUGUCAAUAUUGUCGAUUUCAAAAAUGUAAAUUAAUUGGAAUGACUGUUAAAGAAGGUCCAGAAAUACAACAAACACCACGUGUAGCUGAUAUAUUUGCUCAAAUAUCUUGUUAUGUUUGUCAAGCACCUUCUAGUGGAAUUCAUUUUGGCGCGAUCACUUGCGAAGGUUGCAAAGGUUUUUUUCGAAGAAGUAUUAAAGAAAGAGCACCAAGUCGUUAUAAAUGUAUGGAUAAUGGUACAUGUGAAAUAAAUGCAUCGACAAGAAAUGGUUGUCGUUAUUGUCGAUUUCAACGUUGUAUUAAAGUUGGCAUGUCUGUUGAAGGAAGUCGAAUUGGACGUCAAAGUAAUUUAUUUAAACAUCAUAUGCGUAUGAUGCUUCAACGAAAUGAUCAAAUUUCGAAUACUACAAUGAUCCAUCAAAUGAUUCAAACAAUGCCUACAACUGUACGAAAUAAACGAUCAAAUAAAAAACGAACAGUUAGUGAAUCAAGUGAUUCAGAAAGUGAACUAACACUAUCUACAUGGACAAUAAUUGAUUACGAAGAUCAAUUAGAUCAUCAAAGUAAAGAAUUAAUUUUAACUAUUCAUAAAGCAUACAAAGAAACACUCGAAAAUAUACCUAUAUGUCAAAGUAAUAGUACACCUUGGUUAUCUUGUAUGAAUCAAUUUAAAAAUUAUGCAAAUCGUACAGUUAAAUUUGCUACACGUAUUCCUGGUUUUAUGAAUUUACAAAAUGUAACUGAUCAAGUUCAAUUAGUUAAAUCAAGUAUUCAUAGUUUAAUUAUUGUAUGUUUACAACGUUUAAAUAAUUGUUUUCUAUUCAAUUAUUUUAAUACAAUUGAUGAAAAAUUAAAUAAUGAAUUUGAAAAAUUAUUUCCUUUUAUUAAAACAAAUUAUUCUGAUAUAGAAAAAAUUCAAAUUUAUAUAUCAUCAUUAAAAUUAGAUGAAAAAGAAUUUUCAUUAUUACUUUCCUUACUUCUCGUAUCUACAGGUAAUACUUAUCUUAAUGAUUUUUUAUUAAUUGAUUCUACUCAAACGCAAUUAACAAUUCUAUUAUCUGAUUAUAUGGAUUGUAAACGUGGAGAAAAAAAUCGAGAUUUUUAUACAGUAAUGUUUUUAUUACCAACAUUAAGAAAAUUAAAUACUAUCAUACAAGAACAAAUAAGAAAUGAAAUGCCAAAAAAUAUCGAAUAUCCAGCUUUUUUUUCAAGAGUUUAUCUUAAUGAACACAAUAUUAAUUUGGAUGGUAGAUCAAAUAAUAAUAUUAUUGUCGAUGAAUAA